AUGAAUAGCUCAACAAUCAAUAACGCGGACGAAAUACGCUCUGCAAAGAGCGUAGAGCAGGAGGCUCGCCCAACUAAGGGCGAAACGGAGGGAAGCAACUCUCGAAAAUCGCGUCCCGGCCCUGCCUGCAGCAAGGCCUUGAAUCCUGAACACGCCGGCAAAUAUACGGCGGAGGCUAGGGCGAAGAAGGCCGACAAGGCAAAGGCCCGGCAGCUGAGGAGGGACCACCGAGCCAUAAUAGACCCGGAUGUGGAGCCCUCUUCCGCGUCCGCUAAAAGAGCAAGGGACAGAGCUAUCGACCUCGCCAUCGAGUCCGAUCAGCAGCCUUUGCGAUCGGUUGCCGCGGUAGUAACCCGCGAAUUGGCAACCAUCGCGAAGGCUGUCGAGAAGAGCCGUAAUAUAAAAGGAGACGUCAUCAGGAACCUGUGGGCAGCUUUUUCAAAGCUGUCCACAGCCCUGAGCUCCGUGAUGGCGAGGUCGGGCAAUGGCGACAUGCCGGCCGAAGAUGACCAGCUUCAUGAAAGCUCCAGGGCCUGGGUGGAAGAGAAACGGCAGCUCAACCAAGAGUUGGUGCUCCUCCGCUCUAGAGUUGCGGUCCUGGAGCACGACAGGGGGAGGUCUACCUCCCGCUGCACGUCCGGCAGGGACAGGGCGCCGGGGAUGGAAUGGGACUCGACCAUGGAGUGGUCGGGUCCCGAUAGCCUGACCGGCGCCCGCAGCCCGGUCAGAACGCGGAGAGGAAGAACCGCGGAGGGGGAGGAGCCGCGGCCGCGCGUGACGGUCACGGAGGAGGACCUGAAGUCCCCAUACUUCAGGCCUCCACUGCAGGGGAUUUCAAAGCAGUUGAAUCCCCCGGCGACCGUCGCGGACAAGGUCGCGUCUGCCGGUAAGAAGUCCCCUGCGAAAAGGAAGGGGAAGACCGACGGACGGGACGACGGGGACGUCCGUAUAGAAAGGGUCCUCGAGAGGCUCCUCCCCCGCCUCCUGAGAGGGAUGGGGGUGGUCCCGAUGACGGCAAAGGCAUCACCCGCCAAGCGGGGCGGCCAGCCCCCAGCUAAGCAGGGCGACCAGCCCCCCGCCAAGAAGGGGGCGAAGAUCACUCCUAAGUCCGGUGGCAACGCGCCUGGCGUGCCCACCUCCGCCACGAGGAGGAACUCGCCGCCCCUCGCGAUCUCCCCAUCAGCUGGGGACGGAGGGCGCGUGGCGGAUGCCAACGAGGCGACCUGGGCACGGGUCGUUUCGAGGGCGGCGAAGAAGGCGGCCGCCAAGGCGGCGAAGGCCGCGGCGGCUCCGCCCCGACCGACGCCCAAGAGCGCCAAAGCCCCCGCGGCCCCCGCUCCCACCAAAAAGGGGAACGGUGGGAAAGCGGGCGGGACGGCGAGGAAGGAGAGCACUGCCGCGAGGCCUCAAGCCUCCGAUAAGAAGGCUCCCCUUCCUAAGCUGAGGUCGCCCAGCUCGGCGGCCAUUACCGUGAUCUGUGCCGACCAGCUAUCAAGAGGUGGUGGGGAAGGCGAGAUCUUCGAUCUCCCUCAAGGAUGCGGGGAUCGAGGAUCUCCGACUCAGGAGGGCCAUUACAGGGGCCCUCAUUUGGGAGAUCCGGGGCCCGGAGAGCCGCGCCAAAGCCAACAAGCUGGCGGAGAAGCUAUCGUAAAGGUGUCCCGUCCGUCAAAGACGGCCGAGUGGCCGCCUCACGAGUCAAGGUGGGGUGGUCGAGCUGCAGAGUGGCUCUAUUGCCGGCCCGGAGCCUCCAGUGCUAUCAAUGCCUGGAGGCCGGUCACGUGCAGCAAAAGUACACGAGCACGAUUGAUCGAUCCGGGUCGUACUACCGGUGCGGGGGCAUCGGCCACGCGGCGCGUGAGUGCCGCGGUAAAGUCGAUUGCCCCGCGUGCCGUGGGCUCGGCCGCCCCUCGGGGCACCGGAUGCGCCGCCGCUAAAGUGAAGAACAAAAGGGGGAGGGGGCAGAAGCCCAGUAGCCCCCCCAAUACCGCCGUCACGGGGCAGACCCCCGCGGCGGCGACAACAACGGAAGCGCCAUCGGCCGUGGUCGACGUAGAAAUGACACCCUCCGCGGCGGUCAAAGAGGUGGUCGACGGCGCUAACGUCGGAGGGGGCGAGGGACCAGUUAAUGUCCUUCGCCCUCGCCGAGACGAACCUCAACCACUCGGCCGGGGCACAAAGCAUGCUUAUGCAGUGCCUCACCGAGUGGGGGGGGGGCUUGGCCAUCACCGCAGACCCAUACCGAAUCCCGGAGAGUCACCCCAACUGGGCGGGGGACUCACUGGGACGGGUGGCGGUGGUCAGCCGGCACGCGCGCGACAUCCCGCCGAUGAUUCCUAUAUCGGCGAAGGAGGGGUUCACUCUAGUAGAGUGGGGGCCCAUGUGGCAGGGUGCUACUUCCCUCCUCGCCUAAUGAGGAGGGAAUAUGAGGACGCCCUGGAGUCUCUGGGGGAGCACAUCCGACGACGCUUCCCCAGGCCUGUACUGGUGGGUGGGGAUUUCAACGCCCACGCGUUGGAGUGGGAUUCCCCAUCUACCGACUCCAGGGGCGACAGCACCCUGCUGUGGGCGGCGAGGCACGGCCUAGUCCUUCUGAAUAGGUGCCGUGCCAGCACCUUCGUGGGGGCCCGGGGGGAGUCCAUCGUCGAUCUGACAUGGGCGACCCCCGCGGCUGCCAUCAAGAUACGAGGAUGGCAUGUGGACGUCAGCUCCCUGGGAGAGCUUACGGACGGACCAUCGCCUGGUCCGUAUGGAGUUGGUGUCCACCCCCGCAGAGGUGUCACGAAGUCGCCGCCGACACGAGAUGGAAUGUCGAUGUGCCCUGCGCAAGCUCCCCCGAUAACGGAAACCUUGGACGCUCAAUUCCUAGAGGACGUGGUGGCCGCCCUCUUUCUCAAUAAGGAGAGGGAUAUUCAAGAGAGGGUCGGCCUCCCGUCCGGAUGGACGGAGGAGCUGAGCGUCACCGGGGAGGAGAUGACGAGGGCCUUCGCCCGCCUUAAGGGGAGGCCGCGGGCGCCCGGACCCUCCGGCAUUCACGGCAGGGUCUGGCUCGCCGCGGCCCCUAUUGUGGGAGAUCAUCUGAGGCAGCUCUUCACGAGCUGCCUCAGAGUAGGCGUCUUUCCCAAGUCGUGGAAGAGAGCCAAGCUUGUCCUCCUACGCAAGGAGGGCAAGCCGGCGGAGAGUCCCUCCGCUUAUAGGCCGAUAUGCCUGCUGGACGAAGCGGGGAAAUUGCUGGAGCGAGUCAUCGCUGCCCGCAUCGUCCGGCACCUGUCCCGGGAUGGUCCCAAUCUAUCCCGCGGUCAGUACGGCUUCCGGGAGGGCCUAUCGACCAUCGAUGCCAUUAGGCAGGUCAGAGCCCUUUCGGAGCAAAUGACCGCGGGAGGGAAAGUGGCGUUGGCGGUGUCCCUGGACAUCGCCAACGCCUUCAACAGCGUCCCGUGGGGCCAGGUAGUGGGGGCGUUGAAAGGACACUAUCUCUUGCCCCUCUACUUGGUCGUCACUGUUGAGGACUAUUUCCGGGACAGGAAGCUGUAGUUCCAUGAUAAAAUGGGACUCCAGCAGCGGAGGGACGUGUCGUGCGGCGUUCCACAGGGGUCCGUGUUGGGACCCCUACGUUGGAAUGUCGCAUACGACCAUGUUCUCCGCGCGGCCCUAUCCCCUGGCUGCCACGUCGUCUGCUACGCGGACGACACGUUGGUGGUGGCCGGAGGCACGACCUGGAAGAGAGCCGUGAGAACGGCGAAUGUCGCGGCGUGUGUGGUCGGCUUCAUAAAGGAGUUGGGCCUGAGGAUGGCCCGGUGGCCCCCGCUAAGUCGGAAGCCCUGUUCUUCCACGACGGGAAGGGCGGGGUGCCCCCUCAGGCACACAUAG